UUGUGAAAAUGUGGAGGACACAUUUUGUGAUAUUUCUUCAUGAUUUGAUGGAACUUGUAACCUUGUCUCCAAAUCACUACAGAGAUCUCAAAACAUCAAAUAUAUUUUUGACAAAAGAUGGGCUUGUGAAAGUUGGAGAUUUUGGAAUAUCAAAAAUGUUGACAACAAGACAAGGAAAAGCUCACACAUUACUUGGGACACCAUACUAUAUCAGUCCUGAGAUGUGUCAAGGAAAGCCUUACAAUGAGAAGUCUGAUAUCUGGGCUUUGGGCUGCAUCCUUCAUGAGAUGGCUUGUCUCCAGAAAACGUUUGAAGGUUCCACCUUACCAGCUUUAGUGAGCAAAAUAGUGAAGGGUCAGUUUGCUCCUAUUCGUGGAGACUAUUCAAAUUACUUCAAACAAAUUGUUAAGGACUUGUUACAGAAAGAUCCAGAGUAUCGACCUACAGCCAAGGUGGUUUUACAUUACAGAUUACCUGAGUUGAACAAGCAGUUUGAACCAACAAAAGAUGAAGCUGAAGAAGAUACUGAAGUGAUUGUUGAGAAUCAAAGACAAACCAACAUGCACAACCCACUCAGGAACCUUAGAUCUGUACUUUAUAGAGUAAAACUAAAUGAGUUGGACAUAUCUCUUUCCCCUGUUCCAUUACCACCAAGAAGCAGGAUUAAAGAAGUUGCAGUCAGUUCAACUCACAUGAUAGGGUUAACUUAUGAUCUAAUGGCUUAUACCUGGGGUGAAGGAAAGAAAGGACAACUUGGACACGGCUCUCUAGAACCAUGGUUAGCUAAACCAAAGUGUGUAGAAGCACUCAAAGACAAAAAUAUUACUAAGGUCUGCGCUGGUGAAGGUUUUAGUGUGUUUUCCAGCGACAAUGGUAUAGUCAUGACUUGUGGAGACGGUAGUCAAGGAUGUCUUGGGUACGGAGGCUGGAAUAGCUCUAGCAAGCCAAAGUUGGUAGAGAAACUUUUGAGUGUUGAUGUGUUGAGUGUAACUUGUGGUCCUCAUCAUGUAGUGGUGGUAAGUGGAGGAGCAGUAGCUUAUGCUUGGGGUUGUGGAAGUUUAGGACGUUUAGGGACUGGCAAUGAAGAUGAUUGCUCUGUACCAACGAAGGUGCAUCUUCCUGAAAAUACAACUGCCGUAAAAGCAUUCUGUGGUUCAGAUGGAACAAUGUUUGUGACUGACAUGGGAGUAUUGCUGGCCUGUGGCUCAAAUCUAUACAAUAAGUUAGGAUUGACUGAACGACGAAUGUUUCUUGUACAAGUUAAGCAAUUGAUGGUAAAGAAUGAGAUUUAUAAGUGGCUUAUUCCUACCCGAGUGAACUGCCUUCGGAAUAAAGUUGUCUCUGUUUCAAUGGGUCCUACUCACACCGUUGUUUUGCUUGAGCAAGGAAAGAUAAUAACCUUUGGUAAUAACCAGGAUGGCCAGCUGGGACAUGGACAUAUUCAGAACAGCCUAACUCCCAAGAUGGUCAAGUUGAUGGCAGACAAGUACAUUGUGAUGGCACAGUGUGGGAGCACUUUUACUGUAGCUACAACCAUUAACACUGUCUAUUUCUGGGGAGGACGUCAAGUUCUUAGUACCCCUACUCUGGACAAAGACCUUGAGAGACAUUAUGAAGAAGAUCCAAUUAUAGAUAGUUUGAAGACUUUUAACCCUGCAAGUCAUCAUGAGAAGAAGGAUAAAGUACUUAGUAUUGAUGACAACGAAACUAGUGAAACAUCUGUCUCUGAAGUGAUUAAAAUAG